GGUAAUUAGUAGAUCUCUGAAUUGUGUAGUUCUGGAUUCUUCAAAGUCCCCACUACUUUCUGGAGAUGCCAGCACUGCGUUUGACCACAUCCGCGGGCCUGGUGGUCUGAUAUGUCCGGUCUGUUCGUAUAUAUGCGGUCUUCUCGCUUUCGGAGUCGAGUCUCACCAUCCAACUUUCUUCCUUGUCUAGUCUGCAGUCAUUCUUCUACCUGUCCAGAUCUUCGUUGGUAAGCGAUCGACAUCAACAAUGGCCCCUAAACUCUCCCUCCUCUGGACCAAGCCAGAGCAGAAUCCGAUCAAUGGCAAAGCUCGUUCCAUUCCUGUCCUAAACCCAGUGGAUGUGCAUGGUCGUGUAUUCUUCUUUUCAUGGCUUGGCUUUUUGAUUGCUUUUUGGUCCUGGUACGCUUUCCCGCCGCUCUUGACCCUUACUAUCAAGAAAGACCUUCACCUAUCCACGAAUGAAGUCGCGAACUCAAAUAUCUCUGGACUAGUUGCUACACUUCUGGUUCGUGCCGUUGCUGGACCUCUUUGUGAUAGGUUUGGGCCCCGAAAGGUCUUUGCCAGUCUCCUACUUGUUGGCGCUCUCCCAACUGCCCUUGCCGGAACUAUUCACAAUGCGGCUGGACUGAUCACUCUGAGAUUUUUCAUUGGUAUUCUCGGUGGCACUUUCGUUCCUUGCCAGGUAUGGUCUAUGCAGUUCUUCGACAAAAAUGUUGUUGGAACAUCCAACGCCCUCAUCGGUGGUUGGGGCAAUUCCGGUGGUGGCAUCACAUACUUCGCCAUGCCCGCAAUCUUCGACUCCCUCGUCCACUCUCAGCACCUCGGCGCUCAUGUCGCAUGGCGCGUCGCCUUCAUCGUGCCUUUUAUUCUCAUCACCUCCACCGCAAUUUCCAUGCUCCUCCUUUGCCCCGAUACUCCCAACGGCGCCUGGUCCACCCGCCACGAAGCCAUCAACGCACGCAUCCGCACUCAACACAACGCCGGCCACGUUGCCUCCGCACAAGUUCCCGCCCUGCACAAGAUCCCCGUCUCAACCACUCAGGACGCCAAGUACCUAUCCGAGAAGAAAUCCGCUGCGCCCUCCGAAUCCGACGACGCCGACGUCGCCGACCGUGAAGUCGGCGAGGCUGUCAUAGUAGACGAAUACCAGCAUGAAAUCGUACAAGCGCCGACAUUCAAGGAGAUGCUCAAGGUAUACACGUCUCCGCAAACCCUCGCUUUGUGCGCUGGAUACUUCAACUCGUUCGGCGCCGAACUCGCUAUAAACUCCAUACUCGGCGCCUACUACCUUAAGAACUUCCCGACUCUCCUCCAGACCGGCUCUGGGCGCUGGGCCGCCAUGUUCGGGUUACUGAACGUCGUGUCUCGCCCUUUGGGUGGCGUCAUCGCGGACGUGAUCUACCGCGCUACCGGGGGCAGUCUAUGGGGCAAGAAGCUCUGGAUUCAUUUCGUAGGCUGCGUCGCGGGGAUAUUCGCCAUCAUCAUCGGCGUUCUCGACCCUCAUCAUCUACCGACUAUGAUCGGCCUGGUCGCGGGGAUGGCGAUGUUCAUGGAAGCAGGCAACGGAGCGAAUUUUGGGCUUGUGCCGCACGUGCAUCCGUUUGCGAACGGGGUCGUGAGUGGGCUUGUGGGUGCGGUGGGCAAUCUUGGUGGUGGUAAGUCGAGUGCUCACUCUUCCUCGUGGCUUAUUGUGUGGGCGCUUUUGCUGACAAUGAGUAAAGUUAUAUAUGCCAUCGCAUUUCGCUACCAUGGUACGAACUACCACCAAGUCUUCUACAUCGUUGGCGCCAUCUCAAUCGGCAUGAAUUUGGCGGUUGCUUGGAUUAGACCUGUGCCUAGUAAGCAGAUUGGCGGUCGCUGAGGGGCUUUGUUGGAGUAUAGAGCGCAUAGAACUUGUGGUAGAGUGACGUAGGUUGGAGUACUGGCGUUUUGGGUAGAGUGGCUUCGUGAUACCAGUAGAGGAGUAGUAUGACACGAAUUAUGUGCGACGAGGAUAGAUAGUAACGUUGGGUUUGAUUACCGUCUGUGUUCGAUACUGUGAUUAUUGCUAUUGUAGAGUAUUUCCUGUCUGGAUUGGAAGUAGAUAUUCACUAAUGCUGUCUUGGGCUACUGCAAAAAAUUCACUUCAUGACGCGCUCACGAGAUACGUGGGUCUUUUGGACGAGACAAU